GGUGAGGCUGUACUGGCCAGGCUGUGCUGGGCAGGUUGUGCUGGGCAGGCUGAUGGUCAGGCUGAUGGUCAAGCUGUGCUGGUCAGGCUGAUGGUCAGGCUUUGCUGGGCAGGCUGAUGGUCAGGCUGUGCUGGAGCGGCCUUGGGACCAAAAAACUCCUCCGGCUUCUGCUCCCCGUGAUGCGCGCGCCACCGCCGGCACACCUGCUGUAGAAAACCAGGAGGAGACUUUCUCUUUCUCUCUUUCUCUCUUCCCCUCUCUCUCCUCUCUCUCUCUGUGGUCAUGGCGCCUCCUCCACUCGCCCCUGUCCUCCUCGUUCUCCUGCUCUGUGUGCGGGUAAGCGUGUGUGGUAAGAACAGCAGCUGCAGCGAGAAGGUGGAGUGCAAUCCCGGGAUUCUGCUUCCUGUCUGGCGGCCCCAAAACCCCCCGCUGGGCGAGCAGGUCGCCAGGGCCAUCAUCUACUUCCUGUCUCUGCUCUACCUCUUCCUGGGCGUCUCCAUCAUCGCUGACCGCUUCAUGGCCGCCAUCGAGGUCAUCACCUCACAGGAAAAACAGGUGACCGUUACGGGUGCGAACGGAGAGAAGACGGUGGUGACGGUGCGGAUUUGGAACGAAACCGUCUCCAAUCUCACAUUGAUGGCCCUCGGCUCCUCGGCCCCUGAGAUACUGCUGUCAGUCAUAGAGGUAUGUGGUCAUGGAUUUGAGUCAGGUGAAUUGGGUCCAGGCACCAUCGUGGGCAGCGCCGCCUUCAACAUGUUCGUCAUCAUUGGAAUCUGCGUGUGGGUGAUUCCUGAUGGUGAGGUGAGGAAGAUCAAACACCUCAGAGUGUUCUUCAUCACCGCCUCCUGGAGCAUCUUCGCCUACAUCUGGCUCUACCUCAUCCUCGCUGUUAUUUCGCCCGGUGUUGUACAGGUGUGGGAGGCUCUGGUCACUCUGAUGUUCUUCCCCGUGUGUGUUCUGAUGGCAUGGAUCGCUGACCGCCGUCUUCUCUUCUACAAAUACCUGCACCGCAGUUACCGUGCCAAAAAACGCAACGGCAUUAUCGUGGAGACAGAGGGUGAACUGGCACCAAAAGGCAUCGAUAUCAUUAUGGAAGGAAAAUACCAUGGCAACCCCAACAGCUCCACCAGCAACUCCACCACAAACAUCGUGAACGUCGAGGCCGGAAAUGAACCUGAGCAGGACAGAGAGGAGGUGAUCCAGAUGCUACGAGAGCUGCGGCAGAAACAUCCAGACAAAGACCUGGACCAGUUGAUCGAGAUGGCCAGUUACUCCACCCUGCAGAAGCAGCGGAAGAGCCGGGCGUUUUAUCGAGUUCAGGCCACGCGCAUGAUGAUCGGCGCUGGAAACGUGUUAAAGAAACAUGCAGCAGCCGAACAGGCCAAAAGAGCAUCCACCAGCGGCCAGCAGGACGACCUGGCCACCUGUGCUCACGUGGCCUUCGAACAACCGCAGUACCAGUGCACAGAGAGCUGUGGAGAGGUCAGCCUGUGGGUUACCCUGCAGGGGGGCUGCGGCUCCAAAACAUUCCACGUGGAUUACAGGACAGAGAACGGGUCAGCCAGCUCCGGAGCGGAUUAUGAAUACUGCGAGGGGACGCUGGUGUUUCAGCCUGGAGACACAAGGAAGGAGAUAAAGGUGGGAAUAAUAGACGAUGAGGUUUUUGAAGAGGACGAGCAUUUCCUUGUCCGUCUUUCAAACCUGCGAGAGGAAGGCGGGACCAGCACAGAUUCCGCCCGAUUGGUAGAUCCUCUGGUUACCACAGUCACGAUCCUGGACGAUGAUCAUGCAGGAAUCUUCUCAUUCGGACAGCGGAAGCUGCGGGUGGCCGAGAGUUCAGGUGUAGUGGAGAUUCCUGUGAACCGGAACUCGGGCGUCCGCGGGACCGUCACGGUGCCGUACCACACUGAGGACGGGUCAGCGCGGCAGGGGGUCGACUAUGAACACACGCAAGGAGAACUGGAGUUCACUAACGAACAGACCUGUAAGACGUUACAGGUGCACAUCAUCAACAUCCAGGAAUACGAGAAAAAGGAAAACUUCUACAUAGUUCUAGAAGACCCAAGGUGGCUCAAGAGAGGAAUUUCAGAUUUGCUGUUGAAUCAGGGUGCUUCUCCUCCUGAGCAAGAGGAGGCAAGGAGAAUAGCUGAGAUGGGGAAGCCUGUACUGGGCGAGAACAGCAGGCUGGAGGUCAUUAUAGAGGAGAGCAUGGCCUUUAAGAUCCGUCAGGGAAUGGCACCCAAUGGCACGUUAGAUACGGUACAGGAGGCUCCGCCCCUCAGCACGAGAAGUGUUCAUGGAUUGAACACUGUAGAUCGGCUGAUAAAGGACAGAAACCUGGCUGAAGUGAUUGGCACACACUCGUGGAAAGAGCAGUUCAUUGAAGCUGUGACUGUCAGUGCAGGAGAGGAGGAUGAGGAGGAGGGUGCGGAGCCCCGGCAGCCGUCCUGCUGUGAUUACUUCAUGCACGUCAUGACGGUGUUCUGGAAGGUGCUGUUCGCGUUCGUUCCUCCGACGGAGUACUGGAACGGCUGGGCGUGUUUCGUCGUGUCCAUCCUGGUCAUCGGUUUCCUCACGGCCGUCAUCGGGGACCUGGCUUCGCACUUCGGCUGCACCGUCGGCCUCAAAGACACCGUCACAGCCGUGGUGUUCGUCGCUCUGGGAACCUCUAUACCAGACACCUUCGCGAGUAAAGUGGCUGCGGUUCAGGAUCAGUACGCAGACGCUUCGGUGGGGAACGUAACCGGUAGCAAUGCCGUUAACGUCUUCUUGGGGAUCGGAGUGGCCUGGUCCAUCUCAGCCGUGUACUGGCAGUUCAAAGGUAAGGCGUUUAAGGUGGAUCCCGGCUCGCUGGCCUUCUCAGUCACACUCUUCACCAUCUGUGCCUUCUUCAACAUGGGCAUUCUGAUGCUACGACGACGGCCCUCAGUGGGCGGAGAACUGGGCGGGCCCAAAGCCCUGAAGAUUCUGACCACCAUGCUCUACUUCGGCCUGUGGUUGCUCUACAUCACCUUCUCCAGCCUGGAGGCGUACUGUCACAUCACAGGCUUCUGAGGAAACACACUUAUAUUAGGGCUACACAGUAUGGCAUGUGUUCAUUGUUGUGGUUCUAUUGGCAGUGCUGAUAUUUCAGGGCUGCAGUGCUGAUAUUGCAUAUUAAGCUGAGCCCUGGAAUCAGUCAGAACAGUGUUUUGUAAAAACUGUGAACAUCUAGACCAAUCACAGUUUUGCUUUGGGUGUUUUUAUGAAUUAAGGCAUUUACGUGAUCCAUCGCAUGUAAAUAAUUUUCAAAAUAAUGCAGGAUAAUCAUUUCCUAUAUAACCUCAAGGAUUCACCAGUAUGUUUUAAUCUGUUAUCACAGUUACAGUAUCUACAUCUGGAUGAAGCGCCAUAGUAUGAUUACACGGCAAUUGUGUUGUAUCACUUAGCAAACUGUAUACCUUUAUAUCUUACAGCAUAUUCAAACACCCUGAUGGAUACUUGAUGUGCUUAAACACUGUCUUGCUUUAUAUUGACCCAAAAUGAUUUUUGGUUGAUGGACCACAUUAACUCCUUUUUUUUAUUAGACCUGUUAUGAAGGCCUCUCAGAUUCGUUCCUCAGUAACACUGAUGGAAUAUAUUUCGAUCUGGGUUUCCUUCUUUGUGAGCACGAAAGCAACAUUUACAAAAGUGUUUUUAUUGGGUUUAAAUGAUAUUUAUUAUUGCGGCUGUUGUACACAAUUGAUUCAUAUGAAGAAAUCUACAGUUAUGCUUCUUCCUCCUCCCCUUAUCCCACCCCAUUGCUCGCUAGCAGCUCAACACAGAGCAGAGAGACAACAGUAUCUUAGUUAAGCCAUCAACAGAGUUAUAACAAGUAUUUCUGAUUACUUGUAUUGAAAAUAUGUGAGUCAUUUUCCAUUCCGCUGGCGGAAUGAUCACGACAACACGACGCUGUCACUGGGGCAGUACCCUUCUUGUCACUGUGGUGGGACCCUCAGGGGUACAUCUCAGUACCUUUAGUCUGAACCAGAAUCCACUGAAAAGAUAUUUUCGAAGAUGUAUUGA